ACGACGGGAUGGGCCAGUCUCUCUCUCAUCAUUUUUACACAGGCACCUGUAACGUACACGAAACUGAGGGAAAACGAAACUUACAGCCAGACUGACGAUUUCAAAACUUCUCCGGUUCAGUCCGUCUUCUUCCGACACAUCAGCUCACAAGCCACAGCAACUUUGUCACUUUAAUUUUAGCUGCAUUCAUUUGUUCUUUCGAAGAGAAAAGCAAUCACCAUCAUGAGCACUCUGAACCAGCAGUAUGAGGAGAAAGUCCGACCCUGCAUCGACCUCAUUGACUCUCUCCGCUCUCUCGGUGUAGAGAAGGACCUGGCGCUGCCUGCUAUCGCCGUGAUUGGAGACCAAAGCUCGGGGAAGAGCUCUGUGUUGGAGGCGCUGUCCGGGGUGGCACUGCCGAGAGGCAGCGGCAUUGUAACAAGAUGCCCUCUUGAACUCAAGAUGAAGAGAAAGAAAGAAGGAGAAGAAUGGACUGGAAGGAUAAGUUACCAGGGCCACGAGGAGGAAAUAGAAGAUCCUACAACUGUGGAUAAAAAGAUUGAAGAAGCUCAAAAUGAAAUGGCUGGGGUCGGAGUGGGGAUCAGUGAUGAGCUCAUCAGUCUGGCGAUCGCUUCCCCUGAGGUCCCGGACCUGACCCUCAUCGACCUGCCCGGCAUUGCCAGGGUGGCUGUAAAAGGACAGCCAGAGGACAUCGGCGAUCAGAUAAAAAGACUGAUCCAGAAGUUUAUCACAAAACAAGAAACCAUCAGCUUGGUGGUUGUUCCGUGUAAUGUGGACAUUGCAACCACAGAGGCUUUGAAAAUGGCGCAGCAGGUGGAUCCUGAAGGAGAGAGGACUUUGGGUAUCUUGACUAAGCCUGACCUGGUGGACAAAGGCACAGAAGAGAACGUGCUUGAAAUUGUCCAUAAUGAAGUCAUCCACCUGAAUAAGGGCUACAUGAUUGUCAGGUGCAGGGGUCAGAAGGAGAUCACAGAGAAAGUGUCUCUGACUGAAGCCCUAGAAAAAGAGGAGAUGUUCUUCAAAGAUCAUCCCUAUUUCCACACUCUUUACAGUGAAGGCCACGCCACUGUUCCUAAACUAGCUGAAAAACUCACCCUUGAGCUGGUGAAUCACAUUGAGAGAUCUCUGCCAAGACUGGAAGAGCAGAUAGAGGAUAAACUUGCUCAGACUCAGGCAGAGCUGGACAGAUAUGGUAACGGACCUCCUUCUGAUAUGGCUGAGAGACUCAUCUUCCUCAUCGAUGAAGUGACCGCAUUCACUCAGGAUGCCAUCAACCUGACUUCAGGAGAGGAGCUCAACUGUGGAGAGAACUUGAAUGUUUUUUCUACUCUCAGGCGAGAGUUUGGGAAGUGGAAUGCCCACCUGGACCGCUCAGGACAAAACUUUAACAGGAAAAUUGAAAAAGAGGUGGAGGUAUAUGAAGACAAGUACCGUGGAAGAGAACUACCAGGCUUUAUCAACUACAAGACCUUUGAGGUCAUGGUGAAGGAGCAGAUCAAACAGCUGGAAGAACCAGCUGUCAAGAAACUCAAGGACAUAGCAGGUGAUGUUACAGUCUAG